UCAGCUAUAGAAAUUGUGCUGGUCCACGAUUCAACAGAUUGUGUAUUAUUACUUAUUGGAAAAGUGAAGUACAAUCAUCGAGUACCUAGUAGGUGCCCACCCACCACCACCUCUCCAUCAGAUUACUCAUAUAAGCGUGGCCCGUGGUUAAAUGUGACGACAAUAGUGAUACAUUUUUCUCUCGCUGGCUUUGUUCUUAACUACACGUACUUGAAAGUCAAGCACUUGAUUUUUCCUUUUUUCUCAUCUAACAAAAUGCCUUUAGCCACACUCACAGUACCUUGGAAUCAUCAGCAAGCUAAUGAAAAGCAGAGCUCAGAAAUAUUGUCUGCAGAGAGCCAAGAAGAAAAUAUGCUCCCAAGAAACUCCAUAGAAGCCCAUUCAAAUGGCUGUUCGGAGUCUCAUGAAAUUGAAGUUAAAGAUGUCGUUAGAGAAGGUCACGAGAAAGCUGAACCCAGGCAUUUUGAACUUUUGAAAGUCCUGGGUCAAGGCUCCUUUGGCAAGGUAUUUCUGGUGAGAAAAACAGUAGGAAAAGAUAAGGGAACACUUUAUGCAAUGAAAGUAUUAAAGAAAGCUACACUAAAAGUUCGUGAUAGAAUGAGGACAAAAAUGGAAAGGAAUAUUUUAGUGGAUGUAGAGCAUCCUUUUAUAGUUAGAUUGCACUAUGCAUUCCAAACAGAAGGAAAAUUGUACCUUAUCCUAGAUUUUUUAAGAGGUGGUGAUUUGUUCUCUCGGUUGUUCAAGCAGCUAAUGUUUACAGAAGAGGAUGUUAAAUUUUACUUGGCAGAACUAGCACUUGCCUUGGACCAUGUACAUAGUCUGGGAAUUAUUUAUAGAGAUUUAAAACCAGAAAACAUAUUACUGGAUACAGAAGGUCACAUUGCGUUGACAGAUUUUGGACUGAGUAAACAGCCUUUAGAUGAUACACAAACAUAUUCAUUUUGCGGUACAGUAGAGUAUAUGGCUCCUGAAAUUGUUAAUAGAAAAGGACACUCAUUUUCUGCCGAUUGGUGGAGUUUUGGUGUCUUAAUGUUUGAGAUGCUAACUGGGGCAUUGCCAUUCCAAGGAGCCAAUCGUAAAGAUACUAUGACGCAAAUCCUUAAAGCCAAACUAGGUAUGCCACAAGAAAUUUCGCCAGAAGCACAGGCACUUCUCCGUGUUUUAUUUAAAAGAAACCCUACAAACAGAUUAGGUUCAAAAGGCAUAGAGGAAAUAAAAAAUCACGUUUUCUUUCAAACUAUCAAUUGGGAAAAAUUGUACAAAAAGGAAAUUAAACCACCUUUUAAGCCAGCUGUCAGUCAAGAAGAUGACGCAUUUUAUUUCGAUAGCGAAUUCACGUGCAAAACACCUAAAGAUUCUCCCGGAGUACCACCAAGUGCAACAGCUCACGAAUUGUUCCGAGGUUUUAGUUACGUUGCGCCAUGUCUCCUCGAUAGUAUGGAAACUUUUGCUGAUAACAACCAAAACGACAGUGCAGCAACAAGCUUCCCAACGUAUGUCAACACCAGUUGCAUUACCGAAGAAUAUGAUUUCAAACAAGAAAUAGGAAAAGGAAGCUACAGCACUGUUUAUUUAGCCGUUCAUAAAGCUACGAAAACAGAAUAUGCUAUUAAGGUUAUUGACAGGAAAAAGCGAGACCCCACGGAGGAAAUAGAAAUCUUAUUGCGAUAUGGUAGUCAUCCUCAUAUCGUUACGUUAAAAGCUUUGCACGAAGACGAGAGGCACGUCUAUCUCGUAUUGGAGUUACUGAGAGGCGGCGAACUUCUCGAUCGAAUGUUGCAACGUCGUAAUUUUACGGAAGCGGAAGCCGCCGAAGUUACCUAUGUAAUAGCUAGUGUUGUGCAAUAUCUGCAUGAAAACGGGGUUGUUCAUCGUGAUAUUAAACCAUCAAAUAUUUUAUACGCCAAGCCGGGUUUCGAUCCGGCCACAUUAUGUAUUUGCGAUCUCGGAUUUGCUAAACAAUUGAGAGCGGAAAAUGGUCUCCUCAUGACACCCUGUUACACAGCAAAUUUCGUUGCUCCUGAAGUAUUAAAGCGUCAAGGAUACAACGCCGCUUGUGACAUCUGGUCACUAGGAAUUUUGUUGUACAUCAUGCUGUCGGGUCGCAUACCGUUCCCCAACACUCCCGGAGACACGGCGAACGAUAUUUUAGACCGUAUCGGACGCGGUUAUAUAGACAUAGAAAGUGGCGUAUGGUGUCAAAUUUCUCCCGAGGCCAAAGAAUUAGUUAAACGUAUGCUGCACGUUGAUUCGACGCGAAGGCCAACUGCAGUGAAUAUAUUAAAACAUCCUUGGAUAGUUAAUAGGCAUCGCCUUCCGCCAAACUUGUUGCCCGACAUUACCAAAGAUCCCGUUACCGUUAAGAAUGCCGUAGCUGCAACGUACCAAGCCAUGUCAAAUAGCCCGAGAAUGCCCCACGUUGGUCCAGUUGUAAUGUCUGAACUGGCUCGGCGCAGAACCCAAGCUAAAAUAUCGGCUAACAUCCGCGUUUGAAACUGAUUGUUGACUCUUGCCAUUUAAUACACAAACUUUUAAUCAAACGGAAUUUAAAAGCUUUGGCGAUAUGGCUGUCGUCAUUUUGCACAAUCACGUGCUUGUUGCCUUCAUUAGUCCAGCGUAGUUACUCGCAGUAGGUUUAUUUUAUCUAUUUUUUUACUCAAAGACUUGAUAGAGUUUUAUUUGAUUUAAAUUUAAAUUUCAAUAAUAUGUGAUAUUUAUUUUUUACUUCUGCUUUCAACGUGUGUCUGAGAGAGAAAUAUGUCUUUAUACAUUUGUAUGAUCAUAGAAAAAUAUCAUAGUUUUUAAGUGUGGCACUUAUGCCUUUUUUGUAAUGAAAGUUAUGUGUUUUUAUAUUUCAUUGUUAUCACAAUUUCACAGUUAAAUGCUAAUAUUACGACGCAUUAAAUAAACAGUUCAAUUUUUUUUGUUAGACUAGUGAUGUGCACUAAUUUUAACAACAACAAAAGAAAAUUAAUCUUACUAUUGUUGCAUUGCUAAUUUAAUAGUUUACUGCCCUAUCCUCAAAAUUGAAACAUAUUCAUGUUGUAAAAAUUUGUAACUGUCUUGCCUUCAAGCUUUACUAUUAUCUUAAGCGUAUUUAUAAAAAAAAUGUCAACUUAACUUGAAAUCAAUUAUUAUAUUUAAUAAAAAAUAUUUAUAACUAUUACUAUUUAAAAUGUAAUGGAUUUAAAACAAAGUUUAAGAUUGUCAAAGAUAGUCAAAACUGUAGAUAGACAAAUUUUCAAACACGUAAAAAGCCAUAAAAAAAAUUUCUUAUGAAUCAUAUAGUUUAUACACACGUAUAUUUUUAUACAGGAAUCACGUGCAAAAGAUGUUGAAUAAAAAAAAAAAAAAACAAAUUGCUAAGCUAUAGUUAGAUUAAAGUACAUGUAUAUCAAUGUUGAAUGAACAAUAUACUUGUGGAUAACUAUCAAAAAUUACAAUUAUAGUCAAAAUAACGAGUCAAAAUUACUAAGUCUUCUGUGUUGUUAUGAUAAAUAAUUGUGUAUGUACCUACUUUCGGUAUACUCACGCUCUGAUCAAAGUAAUAUUAUAUGAAAAUGAGAAAAAAAAUGAGAUGUAAAACUAUUUAUCGAAUGUUUUAGGUAUUAUAUAAUAAAUAUAUGUUGCAAAGUGAUGAUAAUAUUAAGCGCGUAAUUUGUCGCUCUUUGAGCCCUUCCUUUAAAAAAAAAAAAAAA